AUGUCCCAGGACCAGGAGGACCCAAAGAGAGCCAUGCCCACGGAGAGGAAGUCCGUUUGGAGGACCCCCGAGGAGAGGCGGAUGUCCGACCUCACUCGGGUGUUGGAGUGGCUGGAGCGGAGGCGGGGGAAGAAGCAGCUAGGUCUCCAGAAGCCAAAAACCAAGGUGGAGUUGCCCCCCAAAGCCGCUGAGAAGGAAAAGAAAAAAUGCAAAGUAGUGAAACAGCAGAAAAACUCUGUUAAGAAUGAGGAAGCCCUCUACCGGAGGAUGUACGGGUCAGAGCAAAUGGGAACCCGCCUCAGCAUAGCAUCCACCGUCUAUAACAAGGAAAGCUCCAGGAAGUCUGAGCUGGACAUCAAGGACGCCAUCGCCCUAGAGUCCACUCAGCGGCCCAGCAUGUUCCGCCGGCAGAGCAGCAUCGGAGACCCGCUGCUGCAGGAAGCCAUCUUCAGCAGCCGCAGGGGGACCCUCAUACGAGACUGGGGGAGCAAGGCGCAGGACGUGUCUUUUGAGCGCAAGCUGAAGACCCUCAUGGAUAAGAGCACGGAGCCCAAGAUGGAGUCCCUGAAGAUGCUCAAGCCCGAGGAGGUGCUCAGCUGCCGGUACCUGAGACUGUCCAAGAACAACAUCCGGACCCUGCUCAAACUCUGCAAGGACGCGGGGCUCAACAUGGACAUCCACCCCCACAUGACUGAGUCAGAGAUCGACUCUAAGAAGGUUUUCGGCCGAAGUUCCAGUACAGCCCCCUAA